AUGGUGGGGUUCGUGCAAUUUAAGGACAGAAUGCAGUGGUCCUCAACGUUCUCCGGCGGUGCAUCCCCACGCACGGAUCUUCUGAAAGAACUGCAAUCACACGCACGCCAGCUGGAUGAGGCUUUCAAGGCCGAUUUUUGGGACGACUGCGCUGGGGGCACAUUCGGGAUCCAGCUGGGCUCAGCUUGUAAUUGGGGUGCGCAAUCUAAAGGGGCAGGCAAGAUCCGCCAAGAUGCGGCACUGACAAUGACUUGUUACAAUCUGUCCGUCCGCGUCGGUGCCGCCGUCAGAAAGCAUGCCAGGGGCUUGUUCGCUGAGGCAUCGCAAUUAACUACAGAGGUGUCCGAUCUUUGCGUAGCCGGCACCCCAGCCACAUCUUGCUGGUAUGGGAAAGGCAGCACACUGAAGCACGUCGACGUUGGCCUCGGCUUCGUCGUCCCCCUGACCAACAAAGGCGGCAACCUUUGCGUCCACCUGGGGGAUGAUCGCUUCGGUGCUGUGCAUUUGCGAGCUGGAGACGUUGCAAUCGGGAGGUAUUCCCAAGAGGAGCAUUUCAACUUGCCCCCCGAGCCUUCAGGAGCACGGCGCUCGCUUGUGUACUUUAUUGACAAGAGGGUGCUCAACGCAGAAACGACCCCGAGAUCAAGAAGUGCGACAGGAUGCUGCCAAGUGCCAAGCGCCCGUAUCGAUUGUCUCAAAUGCAGAAGAUCAACCUCAAGUACCACGACAAAUGCCCCAAUGCUGCGUACCGUUAGUUUCUCCCCGCGAGCUUCUCAAAACAAAAACGGGCUUACACCGUUAAGCAGGAAGGUUGGAUGUUCGCAUCCGGCUCGGAUUUGUCUUUGUUGA